UCAAUAAGCAAGUAUCAUCACCUAGUAACUAUGUGUAAAAAACACUCACAAACCACCACCUUUUCCAUUUCCAUUCCCACCACCACGACAAUGCCGGAUAAACCCACCCAACAAACACCAUCAGCACCGCCGCAUGUGCAACUAACAAUCAAUCCGACUAUCACCUCUCAGACCACGUUGUGUCAGAAAUUACCACCCCUAAUGAAAUCCAUUAUUAUUCCAGUCAUUGCAAGGUUCCAUGCUGGCUACUUUCGUAUACCUCUUUCCCUCUGCUGGCAAACCCUACUUUGGAAAACACUUAGCGAACCACCCGAAAACGCGCACGCUUACCGGAGAAUGCUCGGAGCGUUACCCUCCGCCGCAUUCAUCCUCAUGUGGGCCUUAUCUUUGUUCAUCCUCAUAUCACUUUCCAUCUUAUACAUUUUAAAAUGUGCCUUACUAUCCAACAUGGUUAAACAAGAAUACCAAAACCCUAUCAGCGUAAAUUACCUUUUUGCCCCUUGGAUUUCAUGGCUCCUUUUGCUCCAAACGACGCCGUUUUUUCCUCCAAAAACUAUUUAUUAUGUUAUUCUCUGGUGGGUAUUUGUUCUACCAAUAUUCAUACUUGAUGUUAUAAUAUACGGACAAUGGCUCACCAAAGGGAAGAGGUGCUUAUCGAGGGCGGCGAACCCGGCUAGCCAGCUUUCGGUGAUCGGGAACUUCGUGGGAGCGUGGGCUGCGGCGGAAAUGGGGUGGCGAGAGAGUGCAAUGGUUAUGUUUACGUUAGGAAUUGUGCAUUAUUUGGUGGUGUUUGUGACGUUGUAUCAGAGAUUAUCAGGAAAUAGUUGCAUGCCGGUGAUGCUCAGGCCGGUUAUGUUCUUGUUUAUUGCUGCUCCGAGCAUGGGGAGCUUAGCUUGGGACUCCAUUUCUGGGAGUUUUGAUUGUUGUUCCAAGAUGCUAUUUUAUCUUUCUCUGUUUCUUUUUCUAUCUCUGGUGUCAAGGCCGAAUUUAUUCAAGAAAUCAAUGAAAAAAUUCAAUGUGGUAUGGUGGGCAUAUUCGUAUCCACUAACAGUAUUGGCAUUGGCAUCAACUGAAUAUGCACAGGAAAUGAAGACUGGUGUUGCUCAUUUGCUCAUGAUAAUUCUGUCUGGACUCUCAGUAUUGGUCUCAUUCAUUCUAAUGGUAUAUACUGCUCUCAACACUAUGCCUCGAGAUGGCGACGAGGAUCUUACAGUUGGGACCCUAAGACCGAACGCUAUUGAUAGCAAGAUCCCGAAGAUAUUGACAUGAUCGAUGCUUUGACGGACCAGGCGGCCUCAAUUAUUCGAUUAUGAACCAUGAUCAUCUUAUCAUAUGCUCAGAAAUUAACAAUGACCAUUUAUUGUAUUUAUAUGUUGUUGAUCAGUUCUGUUUAAAUAUAAUGGAAAACAUGAAUAACAUACCUGUUACGGCAGACAGGCCAGCAGAGAAUCUUGUCAGAGAUGCAGCCAUUGAGUUUGACAUACUUGUCAGGAUGAUCUGGUUCCUCCUUAGGGUGUAAAGUUAUGAUGGUGAUGAAACCGAAACUAGGGAGAGAAUCGGUUAGGGAGAGAGAGCCGUGAAUGAUGUUAUGAGGGUUUGUGUAAUUGUCUAA